AAGCAAUUAAGAUCAGCCCCCAACUCCGACCUAACCCCCUCCCUCUCCCUCUCUCUCUCUCCUCUCCCUCAAUCUCAAUUAUGGACGGAGAGAAGAAGAAAAGGAAAAUGGAUGAAUCUGGUGCUCAUGAUGAAGCUGAAGAAGAGAAGAUGGAGAAGUUCUUCGCAUUGAUUAAAAGCACCAGGGAAGUGCGGGAACGCCUCGUCGGUGCUCCGGAGAACAGAGAAAGAGCCGCCGCAGAUAAGCGACAACCGCCGCCCUGGAAUCCCACAUUCGUCUUAGAAGAUUUCGUGGAGACGCCGUCGGCACCUGCGCCGGCGCCGGAGGUGGAGAAAGAAGGCACUUCCGCGGAGGGAGAGAAACCAGAGAAAAGUGAUGAAAAAGGAUUCGAUUUGGACCUCAAUCUCUCUUUGUAGUAUCGUUACAGUAUCCUUUAAUUAUUUAAUAAAAUAGUCUACUUCAAUUACACAAUAAAGAAUUUGAAUUUGAAAAUA